AUGCGAGGAGACAGCGACGGCAGUGACGGCGGCAACGUGGAGCAGGGCGUGAUGAAGAAGGGCGCGGUGGAGAGCAGUAGCGGCAAUAGUGACGGCAAGAAGGACACCCGGGGCGGCAGGCGAGGGCGGCUGGGUGGCGGCGAUGGCAAGACGGAGGUGGGCGCGGUGAUGGCAGCGGUGGUGGCGGUGGCAGUGCUGGCGACGAUGGGAGGCGUGUGGGCGUGGCGGCGGAGGUGGCGGUGGCAGGGUGGCGGCAGUGUCAGCGCCGCCGCCCGAGGUCCUGCUGGGGGUUCGUCGUUUUCCAAGAGGUCACCGUCUCCGCGUCACUUCUGGAAUACAGACAAAGCAGUGGAGGCCUCGGCCGGUGGAUCCACAGGGAGACUCCCGACCUUGAACGAAAACUCUUCGCUGGGAGACACAACAGCCGGGGGGAGCGGGAGCGGCGGUGCUGAGUCGUCCCCCUGUGACAGCCAGCGGAACAGCGGGGCAUGCAGCACCUCCACCCCGACCCUCAGCCAGAAGACGGUGUGCAGCGGCGGCAAUUCCUCCCCGGCGGAGAGCAGCAGAGCGAUGGGCGGCGACAGUAGCUCCUCCCUCACUAGUAGUCUGAAAACAGUGUGCAGCGUGGGCACCUCCACUCCCACGGACGGCAUGAAGUCCAGGGACAGCACCUCCUCCCCCUCUCAGUCCCCGGCAGCGGUGGGGCGCGGCUUGAGCAGCGGUGGUGGUGGCAGCAGUAGUAGCAACAGUAGUAGGAGGACUGCAGUGAUCACUUACCGGCCUUCCCCACCGUCUGGAGGCCCCUGCAGAAGAGGCGCGGGGGGACGGGGCGGGGCACAGCGGCCCAUGAGUGCGGUGGCGGACCUCGGUGUUGGCAGCCUUAGGAAGUCCUUCCUGCUGAACGGGGAGGAGGAAGAAGAAGAUUACCUCGGAAAGGCCAGUCCGGAAGAGAGGAUCAGGAGGAGAAGACACACACUGGUCGAGGAGGAAGAAGCCGCGGAAGAAAGGAGGAGGAGGAGGAGGGCGGCAGGGGUAAGAUUCAGCUUUACCCCCGGGGAGAUGGAGGAGCAGGAAGAUGGCCUUGGAGUAGCCUACCACGGGGCGAAAGGAAGCUACCUGCUGAGAGAGCUGAAGGGCUACCCAGGCACCUUGCCACGCCGCGCCCCCAGAGACGCGUUGCCUCAGCCCCCCAGGGGGCACUUUGGAUCUAGGGAGGUGCUCGACUUGUCUGGGUCAGACCGCGGAUCAGGAGAGUUCGUACCAUACCCCAGGCCGCUGUACAGCUCCAGGGACGUGUUUGGCGGCUCCGGGGUACGCCUCAGGGAAGACAGCUACGCCGAGUUUUACCCGCACGGCCACCGCGAGGCUCCAGGCCGUGCGGGGGUGCGAGUUCAGCUGUCUGGACGUGCCCAGCUUCACAGGGGCUCCAGGCACUCCCUUGGACACGGAGCGUCGGUCGGGGAGCUGAGGAGCGCCGGGUCAAUCCAGCGUCGGGGCAGCUGGGCCUCCCUGCACUACCCUGUGGACCAGCUGAUCAAGGCCGCCGAGACGGUGGUGUGAGACCGUCCGGCCGGCUGUCACUAUUAUUAAUACUGCUGCUGCUGCUGCUGCCUAUGCUGCUGCUGCUGCUGCCUAUGCUGUGCUAUCUUCUGUUUACUGCUGUUCAGACGGUCAGCUCAACACGUUGCUGCUUUGGUCUUCUGUCCGUGGCGUUCCUCCUUCUUUCCUCCAGCUUCUCUUUCCCUUAUUUGACGAUGAUACUAACAAUACUAAUAAAAAAAAUAGUUGGCAUAA